CUUGAACCUAUUUUGUGUAUAAUACAAAGUUCUGCAUGAAGAAUAACUGAUAGAUGUAUUCUUACUUUCUCCUUUCCUCUUUUUUUUUGGUGGUUGACUGGAUUAUGAAGACCUCGACAUCUGAGAGGAAAUAUGAAAUACAAUGGACAACUUGAAAUCAAUUAGAUAAUUUGCAUUUCGAAAAUGACCUGACCUUUCUAUUCCAUACACAUUAACAAAUGAAGGUCAAGAUAAACAGUGUAGCAUUGGCCACUGCAUCAGUAGGCCUCUACAUACACAAAGGAAAAAGUGAAAUCCUCAAAUACAACACGAAGAACACUCAAUCACACUUGAUGGAGAUUUUCUGAAAGAUGUGUAAAGUUUCACUUUCUUGGACAGCAUCAUCGAUGAACAUAGAAAACCUCAUGCAGACGUAAAUGCAAGGAUUGGCAAAGCAAAGCCGCAUCACUACAGUUGAAGAACAUAUGGAACUCAAAACAACUUUCAACCAACAUCAAAGUGAGAAUCCUGAAUACGAACGUCAAGACAGUUCUACUUUACGGAGUUGAAGCUUAGAGGACUACUAUAACCAUCAUCAUGAAAGUACAAGUAUUUAUAAACAAUUGUCCACGCACGGUACUCAAUGUUUGUUGUCUAGAUACUAUCAUUAACAGCCUACUGUGGGAGAUAACAAACCAACUACUAGCCGAGAAGGAAAUUACGAAAGGACGUUGAAAAUCGAUAGAACACACAUUGAGGAAAUCAUCAAACUGUAUCACAAAGCAAGCGCUAACUUAGAAUCCUGAAGGAAAAUAAAAAAGAGAAAAGCCAAAGAACACACUACGUCGAGAAUUGGAAGCAGACACGAAAAGGAUGAAUAACAACUGAAAAGAAUUGUUUAGGAAAAAGUUGGAUGGAGAAUGCUGGUGAGUUGCCUAUGCUUUUCCAUGAGAGGUAACAGGCGUAAGUAAGUAAGUUAGUCAGUAAACAUCUUGUAUGCCAAGAGAAUGUGAUGAGCGGUAAGUGAGAUUAUCUGAAAGGAUUGAUCAAAAGACAAAGUAAGCCAGCUGCUCAGUAAACACAACUACAACACCCACCAUCAAGAAGAUACAAGUAUUUAUAAAUAGCUGUCUACGUAAGAUACUCAACAUCCAUUGGCCGGAUACAAUCAGUAACAUCCUUCUCUGGGAGAGAAAAAAACAGCUUCCAGCUGAAGGAGAAAUUAGGAAAAGACGGUGGAAAUGGAUAUGACAUACAUUACAGAAAUCAUCAAACUGAAUCACAAGACAAGCGCUAACUUGGAAUCCUGAAGGUAAACGGAAAAGAGGAAGGCCGAAGAACAGAUUACAUCGGAAAAUGGAAGCAGAUAUGUAAAGAAUGUAUAACAACUGGAAAGAGCUGGAAACGAUUGCCCAGGACAGGAUUGGACGAGAAUGCUGGUGAACGGCCUAUACUCCUUCACGAGGAGUAACAGAAGUAAGUAAGUAAGUAAGUAACGUAUAAUAACUUGGUCUGAAUUACUGCUUACAUACAUUUAAAUGUAAUGUGAUUGCUUAAUUAUUUAUCAAAAGAUCAAUGAUCAUAGCAGUUAUGCACAUUUAUUUUUGAUACACUCAGUUUAAUUUACCAAUCAUUUAUACCUUCACGUUAUUUAACAUCAUAUAGAUUUGUGAUACACUAUGAAAGUACCAAUAUAUGUAAUAAAACAUGGAAAUAGUAUCAUGCCCAUAUUUGAUAAAAAAUUUACUCUCUAAAUAGAACAAUUAUGAGUAUACUUUGACAUGGUUACUAUUUUAUUUUAUAUUUUUCGAAAUGAAUUCUCCAUCAUAAAUUGUGUUACAUAUUUCCAAAAUUCCUGACUACUACAAUCGAAAGAACCAAGCUCAAAGAAGCGAUUGAUGAAAUGACGUAUUAUUCGAGGUAUGUUGAUGAUAUCUUCAUCGUAUGUAAUAAUCAACAACAUGCAAUAAAUCUGCUAGAGUUUUUCAAUGAAGCUCAUCCAAAUAUUCAUUUCACUAUGGAACAUGAAAAAGAAAACAUGUUCCAUUUCCUCGAUAUAGCGAUAAAACAAAGAAAGGAUGGCACAGUUCAACGCUCAGUUUAUAAGAAAGACACAUGGAAUGGUAUUUAUCUCAAUUUCAACAGCUUUUGUCCAAUCAACUAUAAAAACACACUUGUCAAAACACUGUUUCAUAGAACAGAAAGAAUAUGUACUUCCGAUACAAUAGAAGAGGAAAUUAUGAAUGUUAAAAAGUGUUUAAGAAAUAUACGGAUACCCAUUGAAAUUCAUUGAGAAAUAUGGAAAACGUGAAGAUAAAAUACCCAAAGAAACUACAGUAAAUAAAAAACCUGUCUUUAUUCAACUCAAGUUCAAAGGCGAUAAUGUCACAGGGUCAAUCAAUAUGAGACUAAAAACUGCACUGACAAAAACAUAUUCUGCAGCUAAAUUGAUUGUCCUGUCCAAAACGACAUGUUCUUUGACACAAUCAAAGGUCGACAGGUAUCCCUUUCAUGUUACCACCAACUGUGUAUACAAAUUUACAUGUAUCUGCCAAAGCAGUUACAUUGGUAGAACAGAAAGAAGAGCCUACGUCCGAUUCAAAGAACAUAUUCCGAACAGUUUGAGGUCAAACGGAUUAAAAGCAUUUAGCAGCGCUGUCGCAAGACAUCUCCCUGACACAGGACACGAAGUCGAUAUACUGAAGUCCUUCAGGGUGAUCAACAAACAAUCAAAUUCGAAGCUUUUGAAAUUCGCGGAAGCAAUAGCAAUCAAACGUUUAAAACCAGAUCUUUGUAUACAAAAAGAAACAGUAAUAAAUCUUUCUUUGCCCUGGUAACAUUACCCCCCCCUUUUAUUUAUUACGUCAUUCCAACUCUUUCUGAAUUUUAUAAUUACAUCAUUCAUAACUGACCAAUUUCAAUUCAUAUCUCUCUUUAUUACCAUUAGUCUAUUUUCAGUCACUUCAUUACAUAAUCGUCUAAUGUGUUUUAAUUCCAUGAUUUCUAAUCACUAUUUCAAUUUUCUGGAACCUUCCCUCCCAAACUCUAUAUAUUCGAAACAAAAAUUUUAUGACUUCAUUAACUCUAACGAAAUCUUUACCACAUUAUGUUACAUAUAUUCAUCCUUCAUCGCCCUCUGUUGUAUAAGUAUGUCAAUAUCUAUAAUAACGUUGAAUUUCAAAUAUUUUAGGUUGUAAGC